UUGCAUCCUUAUAAGCAAGUGCAAGGACCUUUUCCCCACCAUUCAUCCCCAAUCCUUUUUCCCCCGUGAUUUGAUAAUGGAUUCCUCUCCAAAUUGCCAUGGCCUUGCAGCUAUUAGCAUUUCAUUUUUCUACUUCAUUUUAAUAACAUCGACAUUGAUAUGUUCAUCAACAACAGCAACAAGAGACCUUGCCACAAAAUCAGAACUCAACGAUGCAUCUGAUUUCAUUAAGACCUCUUGUGGAGCAACAUUGUACCCCAAAUUAUGCAUUGAAACACUCACACCUUACUCAAACUCCAUCCAAACAAGCCCUAUGGAAUUAGCCAAUUCAGCACUCACAGUGAGCUUAAAAGGAGCUAAAUCUACCACGAACAAGAUCUCGAAGAUGUCCAAAGAGGAGAGCUUGGGUCCAGCAGAAGCACAUGCCUUAACAGACUGUGUGGAGAACAUGGAAGACUCUGUAGAUGAACUACAGAAGUCAUUGUUGGAAAUGAAGGAUUUGAAUGGACCAGAUUUUGAAGAGAAAAUGGGGAAUGUAAUGACAUGGGUAAGUGCUGCUUUGACAGAUGAAGAUACUUGUAUGGAUGGAUUUCAAGAAAAUUCUGCUAUGAAUAGGAAAGUUAAGGCCACUAUUAGGAAUUAUAUUGUUAAUGUGGCACAGUUAACUAGCAAUGCUUUAGCUCUUACCAAAAAUCUUUCAUCUUCUUAGCACAUUACAUUGUACUUCGUUCAGCUGCUUUCCUUUUCCCAUUUUCGAAAACAAAACAGAGAUUCUCUUCUCUAUUUUCCGUUUUCAUCGGGAAAAUCUUUGUGGAUGCCAACAUCUUCUUGGAUUCAGAGGUGAGUUUAGGAUUCGUAGAACAUGGUACACUACUAAAAUAAAAGAAGAAAAAAAUGUUUUAAGUGAGAA